AUGCAUUGGCCUUGGAAGAAUUGUCUUUCGUCUUGGGCGGGAUAUUAUGCAUCUUAUAAAGGUGAACCGACGAUAGUUUUGGAGGGGGUUGCUACUUAUGAUUUGUGGUUUUGCCAUGCAUAUUUUGGGAGUCCCAGAUCAAAUAAUGAUCUUAAUGUACUUAACACAUCUCCAUUGUUCGAUGGUAUCUUCGAUGAAAAUGCUCCAAAAGUUGAUUUUCAAGUAGGUGGUGGAAGAUUUGAUAUGGGUUACUAUUUGGCCGAUGGGAUAUAUCCUAAGUUAUCCACUAUUGUGCAAGCUUAUAAGAAACCAACAAACCCGAGACAAAAAUGUUUUACCAAGAUGCAAGAAGGGGCUCGGAAAGAUGUUGAGCGUGCAUUUGGUGUUCUACAAGCAAAAUGGCAUAUAGUGAGAGGUCCGGUUGAAUAUUGGGAUGAAGAAGACUUAAAAUUCAUAAUGUUGGCUUGUGUGAUAUUGCAUAACAUGAUAAUUGAACAUGAGAGGCGAGAUGGGGCAUGGAGAACCUUUGGGGAUGAAGACUAUAAGGUAUACCGUGAUAUUGUACCUCGCGGAGCCGUUAACUAUCAUGAGUUAAAACAUGAACCCUUGUAUAAUGAUCUUCGACUAAGAUUGACAAAUCAUGUUUGGGAUAUGUUUGGUAACAACAUGGCACCUGAACAAGCGGAGGAAUCACAAUACAUGGAUGAACCGUAA